AUGGUGGGUGACUGGUUGGAGGCUGCUACGUCGGAGUGGUCUUCUUCGUCGGAGAAGAUGGUGGGUAGUUGGAGGAGUGGAGAGAGGGAUCCGAUGACUUCGACGAGACCUGCUAUGGGAACUGACAGUCACAAUUGGCAUUUGGAUUUAGUCUAUGAUCAGUGGGUAGCACUUCCUGUGUCUGGUUCACGACCAGCGGCUCGCUACAAGACCAUCCAAUUGUGUCCAUAUGAUAAAGCCACAGUGAUUGCUUUGCCUAAAUACAAGCUAGACCUGUAA